AUGAUGACGAUGAGCUCGAUGGCAGACACUUUAGUGCCCCCCGAUCCUUCCAAAUCGGCCUUUUUGGAGUUCAGCGGGCACAGCUACCCCGGACACCAGCAGCCCUCCCCGGGAUUACCGCACACGCAUUACCAGCUCCACGACGGCCGGUUCCAGUCCUCGGCGCCGUCCUACGGCCGUCCACUCGGGUACCCGGCCUACCAUAGCCCGGUGAGCGCGCACCAACCCGGGUCAUACUUGCCCUACCCGCACGGAGGCCACGGCGGCCCGCUGGGGCAAAGCAGACUGGAGGAGAAAGAACACGAGAAGCCCACCACGAUAUUAGAAAACGGAGAGCUACGCCUCAACGGGAACGGGAAGAAGAUCCGAAAGCCUCGGACCAUUUACUCUAGUCUGCAGCUCCAGGCCCUCAACCAGCGCUUCCAGCAAACCCAGUACCUGGCUCUGCCUGAGCGGGCUGACUUGGCCGCUAAAUUGGGCUUGACGCAGACACAGGUUAAAAUAUGGUUUCAAAACAAACGAUCAAAGUACAAGAAAAUCAUGAAGACCGGGCCAUGCGGAUCAGACGGAGAGGCCAGGCCCACCCCACUGCAGUCUUCAACACCUCCAUGCUCAGUAUGGGACAUGAGCAUGGCUCCUAAAGGCACACCAGUGCACUCUGGUGGAUACAUGAACAAUUUUGCCCACUGGUACCCAGGACACCCGCAGGAUGUCAUGCCCAGGACUCAGCUGAUGUGACACACCCCGGUAUCGGAGGGUUCUCUUUCCGUGAAAAGAAAUGCCCCGUACCCGAGACGAGACAGUGUCGUCAGUGCAAGACACUGGAGCAAAAAUGAAGUGAGAGGCAGCUAAAAAACCAACGAAAAAAAAAAUGUAAAUGGAAAAAGGGCUUUAAAAAGUGAGGCAGUUCUGGCUCCUUUUCCUCGCAGCUAUAAAUACUCAGAAGUAAAGUGCAGACAGGUACUGCACCUGAUUUCUUUGGUGAAUGGUUUUGCUUUGAGUUGACUUGAUUUCUUAGUGCCGGAGUUAAAAGAGUGAACUAUGAUGUGCCUAUUCAGUCAUUAUGUGGCAUUAUAAACCCACUCAAUGUUAUGGUUUUUUAAUUGUAGUUUUCUUUGUUAAUCUUUUAACUAGAUUGCAAAAACCAUCUCUGACAAA